CAUUCGACAAGUUUGUACAAAAAAUAUAUACAUUUUAAGCUAAUAGACGAUAAAAAACUUCUUCAUACAUAUAUUUAUAAAUAUAGCUAUGACAUGAGGAAAGUGUGUAAAUUCAUAAAAAAAAACCUGCUUUUCACGGCAACCGUGAUUAUAGCUGCAAUUUGCUUUUUCGUUGUAUCCUGCUUUUCGGGCUAUAGGCAGAAGAAACAAAGGGAGGAGAACGUCGUGAUACACACCUUUAUGGUAAUAGUGUUGAUGCUCGUGCUGUGCGACACAGUAAAAUUUCUGUUAUUGGCCAUUGACAAGGCCUGGUGGCCACGUAACCGGGACAGCUAUAGUGUUGAUAGAACCGCAAUUGUUCACACGCGAACCGAUUAUCUGAAGUUGAAAAUAAGUAUACUGCGCUCUCAGCUGGUGGCUACGGAUAAGCAUUGUGACGAGUCGCUGAACGUCGUCUAUCAGGCGAUUGCCAAAGACCUUUGGCUUUACGGCAAGUAUUUCUUGCUGCUAAUGUCCUUGGUGCUGGCAACGUAUGAUGGGCUACUCUAUUACAAUACCAGGCAUAUGCAAACGCUGUUUGUAAAAAAUCAAACGCGCACCUGGGGACUGUCUAAAGUGCAUACGUUUGAUAACUUCUAUACGUUUUUGGAGUCGGCAUUAGUGUCGGCCUUUGAGCCGGAAGUGAGCAAGACUGGAUGCAAAAGGUGGUUGUAUGGUGAUCAUACAAUCAGAGUGGGCGUGGUUCGACUGAGGCAGCUGCGUAGAAAACCGAAUCAUCACCUGGGCUGGGGGAGCCCAGAGUAUGAUGAAAUUGAAUAUAUGCCCAGAUGGCAGUUGCCCUACGAGCGUAGGCCCUACACAGAUAAAUAUUGGAAAAUCUAUGCACCCUGGCUACCCAUGUAUCCCAUUCGUAGCACAAAGGAGAAAAUCUUUAUGAACUUUAAUCAUUAUGGCUAUGCCAACGAAUUUCCAGAGCUCAUCGGCUACGCAACGAUGCUCGCAAGCACCUACAACAGCAGCAUGAAGGUAAUCGAUUAUUUGAGUAGCAUGGAUUGGCUUACACGGAAAGAAACAUUGGCGAUAUUUAUAGACUUUACGCUCUUCAAUUUGGAUUCAAACGUCUUCACCGUAGUCUCGCUGACCAUUGAAGUGACGUCCUUUGGGACCCUUGAGAUUGCUGCCGACUUUAACAGCGUCAAACUGCUUAUUAUUGACCACAUUCAAUCGAUAUUCAUUGUAACUAUACUCUUCCUUUAUAUCUUGGUUUUCAUCGACUUUUCCAGGUCGGUUGUAAUAAUGCUUUGGUUUGAGCCCUCCAAGAUUCGCAACAUGUGGGUCCGGCUGGACCUAUUUAUCAUCGCUCUGAAUAUUUUGCUGAUCUGCUUGCUGAUCACCCAUGAAGUCCUGGUCUCCAGUCUGCUCGCGCAAAUGGAGAAUAUCCAUAUACACAUGUACCUCGACUUUAGGAUUCUGGCGCGUCUGCAUAUGGCGUGCGUCGUUUUGUUGGGAUUCCUUAUCUGUUUCACAACGUUGCGGCUGUGGCGCGUCCUUCAGUUCGCCAGGGUAUUUCAAAUGAUAACAGCCACGCUGUAUGCGGCUUGGCAGGCAUUGGCUAACAUAGCGAUGUUGAUUUUUAUAUUUUUGGUUGGCUAUGGCAUGGCCAAUGUCAUUAUAAACGGCAACUAUUCCUUGUCAUUUUCAACAUUAUCGAAGAGCAUUGUCUCUUCGAUGUGCUUCGCAGUUGGCUGUAGCCAUCAUAUUGAUCCCGCCGAUCUUCUACAUGGUGGCCGCAUUCUUGGCAUGAUUCUAUAUAGUAUUUUGGCCUUUUUUAUUGUCAUCUUGAUGAUGAACCUCUUUGCCUCGACAAUCAAUGAUUUUUUUUGCAAUGUCAGGAAGAAGCAAGAUGAGAGACCCAUACAAAAUCAAAUUACUUUCCUGCAGUUUCUAAAGGCUGAAUAUGCACCAACUCUGCGACUAUUUGGUAAGCUGCCUUGCUUUAAGAGGGGCUACAAGCGGCGCAAUCGCACAGUUCACGAGAAUAUUGAAUUAAUUUUGAACAUUAAGCUAAAGGGAUAUAUUCCAAAGACGACAUACGAUGCCUUACACCUUAAAGGUGACGGCAGUGAGGAAAACAGAGAAGAUACGUUGAAGCACGAAAAGUACAAAGAAUGCGUUGAACGGAUGCACACGAUAGCGGCUCUCAUGAAAACUCAAUUUGAUUUGCUGGAACAUAUGCUCUUUAGGCCAGAUGUGACAACUUCAGAGUCUACUGCUUCAAGCGAAUCGUAUACAGAAUCGGGAUCUGAAGAAAGCUUUACCUAUACAUAAAAUAAUAGAGAUUUGUGGAAAAUUGAGAAUUUGUAUUGAGAUUUCGAUGAUAUAUUG